CCUGUUGUUACUGUGGUACAGGAAGGGGUGUUUGUUCCCUCUCAGCUGGGGCUGGGGACUGCUCCCAGCUCAUCCCAUGGCUGGGGGAAGCAACCUGUAAAGCGUGGGAGCCCUGGAGUCUGAGAUGCAGAUCCUGGCCUGUGUGGGUUCACUUUGGGUUUGUCACAUGUGUUUUCUAAAUAUUUCUCAUUCUACAAGGUCUUUCUCCCAUGUUUUCUCCUGUCCCCAGAUCUACUGCAUGUAGUGUGUGUUACACUGCAGCAGCACAGAAUCCUGUCACUUUCUGCUCCCCUGAAAGGUGCCUGGAUGCAUUGAACUUCGCAGCUGAUUUAUUCUGUGUCCUCUUCCAGCAGGAGACAAGAUGUCAGCUGCUAAAGGACAGUAAAACCAUCUCAGAUGCACACUAUCAUUUUCUGCUUGUCUUCAAUUAAACUGAUUACCAGCCCUCUUUGUUGUUGAGCUCGGGCCGUUCCACAUGCUGCCAGCAUGUACUUUGGCAGCAGCAGGCACUGGGAUUUCCUGCAUUGUUUGAGCCUUGGCCAUUGACCUUUGUGGUCCUCGUUCUGGCACCGCCUCUGCUCUGGCAGGGGUGCAAAGGGCAUUAUUCAAACCCUGAAAGAAAAGAGAGAGAAUUGCUUUAAAGGCAUUGAGGGCUCUUUGUGCUCGGUGGCUCCGUGGGGUCAUCGCUGCAAAAAAGAGGGGAAUUACUGGGGUUGGCAGGAUAAUUACUGCUUUUUUAUUGUUCUCAUCCCAGUCUAGAUGACAGUGCUGAGAUUAUAGUGAGUCAUAAAAAUAUGCCAUCAAUGCUGUGUUAGGUGGUGUCCCUUUUGGACAGAGAGGGGAGAAACCUGGGUUUGGUUCCUUUGGGAAGUCCCAUAGGUGCUGGUAUGCCCUGGAUCUUUCCCAGCUCUAUACUGGGAGGCCGUGGAGGUUCUGCUGGAGAGGCUGGUGGGGUUGUGCUGGAGCCCUGUUGCAGCCCAUGCUGUGGGUGCUGGUUUUGAGAAGAUCCCCCUCUCCGUGCUGCUGGAGAUGGACCCUCCAGGGACACACGAGCCACCUGCCCCGGCACAGGGGAGGUCACAUAACUCACUCCUGCCACUGUCCCCAUCGCUGUGGCAGUAAAUCAUUUGCUCAGCCUGUGCCUGGAGCCUCGUACCGUGAACCUGCUCAAGGCCUGGUGCAGUAAAAGAGCAACGCUCAGCUCGAGGGAGAGGCUAAAAGCACCACUUGAUCUGUUGUUCCACUUUCCAUCUGGAGCCUUCCUACCCAUCAGGUGCCUGCUGUUGGUCUGGGAACAGCCAGGCUUGUGUGGGUGUCCCUGGUGUGGCUGGUGGGCUGAUGAGGAGGGUAGAUGAAAUCCUUUGGAAUAACAUGCAACUUCUGCAUUAUUGAUUCGUUUGCAUGGUAUUGUGCAGGUUGAAUUAAAUUAACUGGAGUGAGAUCCUGUACUUGAUGCAGAACAAAUGCCACAGUGCUUGGGUUGGAGGAAGUGCUUGUAAGUCCAGCAGGCUCUGAGGUUACAGGGUUGACAGUGCCAGGCUGACCUGCUGAUUCUGUGCCUCGGGCUUGCCUUGCCGUGGAUCUGUCCCCUUGUGAUUUGUACCCAGAAGAGAAGAGGUCUCUGCAGUGGGACAGGGACAGCCUGUGAGCUGCUUGAAGGAGCUGAGCAUCCCCAGGGUGACUCAUCUUGUGUUUCACAGGACCUGUAAAUGAGCUUGGGUAGAAACAUGAGACACAGCGAGCCCUGUUGCUGCUGGAGUUGAAAUCCCAUGCUCUGCACUGUGUUGGUGCUGUCUUUAAGCUUUUUUCUGCUGGGGAAGUAAAUGGCUCCAGUGGACAACCCAGACAUGUGACUGCUGGGACACAGUCAUGGAAAAUUGGCUUGGUUGUCGUGGUUAUUUACUCUGAUAUAACUUUUCAUAACACUGUCAAGCAGCUUUUUCCAAGCCUACUGGAAUGUGUUAUUCUUUAUUUCUUCCCUUGUGGUAUUUUUUAAAGAAGCACUAUCAGAGAAUCUGUAUAAAACAUGGAUUUUUACUGUUGUUGUGGGUAAUGACUUACAGGCUCCUCUAACUGACUAGGGCUCUUUCCCCCCCCUUUUUUUAGCAAAUUAGCACAGAACCCCUCUGUUUAUUGUCGUUGUAGCCCAAGGAUAUGGUUUGUAGCAGUAGAAGCUAAAAUAGCAAUUGUUAACUCUUCCAGUGUGAUGAAAUCAGAUUUGCCUGAUUUUAGUCUCAACUCCUGCCUUGUUUUUCCUCUGGGGAGGGAAGUCAUCACUCUUUUGCCUUCUGCAGGGCUGGGCUGCUGAACUUACCCAGUGGUUUCUCAUGUAAGAAGGUGUUGAAGAGCUCUGGUUUGCUCCUAUACAGAAUACUCUGGUGUUUGUUUCUCUCUCUCCUGGGGAAGCUCAAGUGCACAUUACAGUAGAGAACAGCUUUAUGUUGAGAUAUAAAGGCCACAAGUGUUUCCUUUCACCUCUCCAGCUCAGAGUCAGGCUGACAUACACGGGAGGUGGCAACAAGUCUUUGCAACAGGAGGAGCUUUUGGGGUGUUUUUCUUGAGGGAGACCUGCAGACCAGUCAGUCCUUUCUGCGUGGGGUCUGUAGCCUUCUUUGUCCAGCUCUAGCAGAGUUGAUUUCCUCCUCUGGAGAAGAAUUGGUGCUGUUCCUGCAUUCCACGAACGCUCUCCAUUGCUCUGUGUGGGAGACCUCCAGCACCAGCAGUGUGUUGUAUCCAGCUCUGUGACACUGGUUUGCUCACCUCCCAUUAAAUGUUUCCAGUGUGAAUAUCAGGUGAAGGGGGAGAAGGGUGUCUGAAUACCGAUGAAUGAGCUGUGAUGGAUAACAAGGACUCAGAAGCUGAGAUCCACCCUCUGAAGACUGAGGAUGUAAAAGCUCAGGAGAACCAUGAGCACUAUGUGGAGAGGAGGAUUGUCAAGUCCUCGGGGCUGUCCCGGCUGUCCCGGUGGCGCACUGCUGCCUUCUUCAUCUCCCUGUUCCUCUGCCUGAUCAUUGUCUUUGCUUUCUCCUUCAUCAUUCCCUGCCCAGAGAGGCCAGUUUCAGAAAGAACAUGGUUCCAAUACUACAACAAUGCAGUGCCCUACCCGUUCCUUGCUAUGGAUGAUGUGAAUGAAGACAAAGUCCAAGAUGUGCUCUUUGCUUUCAAAUCCAGCAGUGGCAGCAGCAGAUUCAACGUGUCCUGUCUGGAUGAAGGGCUGCCAUCUCCCUGUGCCUUCGUUGCUGCGGUGUCUGGCACGAACGGCAGCGUGCUCUGGGAGAGCCCUGCUGCAGAGGACCUGCAGUGGCUGCAGUGUGGCAUGCAGCAGCUGGGCUGCCUCGCCGUGGAGAAGCCUCUGUUCCUCACAGCACUCAGCCUGCACACAGGGGAAGUUCUGUGGAGGCAAUCCCGUGACUUUGGAGCUAAUUACACUGUGCUGACUCCUUUAUCAGUGAUUCCAGAUGUGGAUAAUGAUGAAGUUCAGGACCUGAUAAUCUUUAUUACUAAAGAAGGCCAGGUGAAGGUCUCCAUCCAUUCAGGGAAAACUGGCCAGCAGAUUGGCUCUGUGGGCAGCCUGUGGGUGGAUGGCAUCGCUCGCUACGUCAGGCUGCAGCUGCGCUCCUCCUCCUACUUCCUUUUCUACACAGAGAACUCUCUCUAUGCAUAUUCCCUGGAAGAUCUGUGCAGUACAGUAGUUGGGGUGGAGGUUAAGCAUCUCAACUUCCAGCCAGAUUCUCACUGGGUGAAGCACAUUGACCACGCCACGCACCGCUUAUCCCUUCCCAGAUUUGAAAAUAUUCACUACCUGGCAAAAGUUCCUGGGCACUCAAGGGACAACAUCCUGGUUGUGGACUCAGAGAUGGCUACACUGAUCAACACAAAAGAUCUCCGCACUGUGUGGACCCUCAAUGUGUCCCGUCUUUUGAGUGAGCCGCUGCUCGGUUACUACAAACCUGAUGCCCACGUUAUAGUCCUGGAGAGUGACAUUGGACCCAACAGGAAGAAGGUUAUGAUUGUUGAGAGUGAAUCUGGAGCAGUCCAGUGGGAGCUGAAGCUGAACUCGGGACCAGGGAGCCCUGGCCCAGCCACGCUUUCCACUGCGGAUCACCGCUCUGCCUUCCUCUUGUGGGGAGACUACCAGGAGCCAGGCAAUGAGACAAGACACAGAGCUCCUCUCCGGAAGCUGUACCUUUUCCAUCCUUCCUACACUACUGUCCUGUUGGAGCUCCGCAACAGCACCGACCACAUCAUUGCAUUCACUGCGGCGCUGUUCGAGCGGAGCCGCCACGCCUGCUACGUGCUGCUGCGGGGCCCCCGGCCCAGAGAGGGGCCCGGCCCCGUGUCCCUGAUGAAGAGGAACCUGAAGGAGGACGUGGCAGUGAGCAGGGUGAUCUGGCUGCGCCCCACGGGGGACGAGGAGCAGUACGUCCGGGACCGCCUCUACAGGAUGCGCUUCCAGAGCCGAGACUGAGCUGGCCGAGGAGUGGGGAAUGGGGAGAGGCUGCCCUGCCCUGCUCUGCAGCCCUGCUCUCGACAAGCCCAGAGCCUGCAUUCUCGUGGGAAGCUGCCUUUCUUCAUCUGCAAACCAAAGCAUGGCUGGCAGGGAAGCACUCCCAGUGUCGCUGUGGGGGCAGCUGCCCGAGUGUCCAUCCUCAGAGCUGAUGGGACUUCAGUGCUUGGCCACCACUGAAGUGUCAUCAGCUCAGGGAGGGGGGCUGUCCCCUCCAUCCCUCUGUGCCUGCAGAGCUGUGCUGACUCAGGAGUGUGUCUGGAGGAAAACAUGUACUUGCUGAGGUGCCAGAAUUGAUGAUUUCUGGGAUGUCUGAGAAGUGGAGUUGGAUGUCUGGGAAGUGGAGUUUGCUGUGUGCUGUUUGCUGUUAGAUUUCCUUUCUGAGUCAGCUCUCCUGGCUGGGGAGGGGUGCUUGGCUGCAAGUCGAUUUGCAAUUACCCUCUCCUGGAUUUGAGCUGCGCUUCAGUAGUGGAGGGGGUGUGUGGUGACCCCAGCCAUGGCUGUGGUGUGUCUGGUGCCACUUGGGCCAGCAAAGCACAGGUUAAAGUGUCAUUCUACUCAGCAAACGGCCUUUUCUCCCAAGAACAGCCCCAUGUGUCCUACUCUGCGGUCACCAGCCUACCUGUGUCUUUGUCCUCUGCUGCUUCCUUCCCAGCCAGGCUGUGCAGUGUUGGUGGCACCGAGAGGGAGCUGGUCUCCCACCUGAUGGAUGCAUCAAUGUUCCUCCCUUCCCUCAGUCUGCUUAUAGGUGGUGAGAGAUCCACCCUGAGCCCAGGCUGGGUGGUCCUUGGAGGUACCACCACCACCACCUCUCCAGAGGAUCUGGCUUGUGUAGAAUUGCACUUUAACCUUUUCUGGGGUCUGGGAUUGCUGCUCUGGGAAGCCCUGUCCCCAAGUGGCAGUGCCAGCACCCUGCUCCUUCAGCUUUGCAGCUGCUGAGGAGCCUUCUCCAAGCACUGUUCCUGCUGCCAGAAGGUGGGCAGGAGCUCUGUGCUGCCUCCCUGCCCUUGGAAUUGAGGUGAAGCUGGGUGAGGAUCCUUGAGCACUCUUCUCUCUGCCCACCCUGGUAUCCCAAGGGGAUGGGACAGGUUGCUGUGUGAAGAUGACAUGUUUGUCCUGGAGAUCUGUGUAGCACCAUGAGGUGUUUGCUCUGCCCUGUCCUGCUGGGUGCCAGUGCAGGCUGUAGAAACAAGGUGCAGAGCCUUGAAAACAGUUUGAACCAGCUACUCAGUCCUGAAAAUAAAAAUAGGCCUAAAAAUAACUUCUCUCAGGCUCUGCAGUGCUAGAGGGGGUUUGGCCAGUGCCUCCCUGCCUUCUGAGUCUGACAAUGGGGGAUGUGUAGAAACACUGUAGGAUGGGAAUGUGCAGCAUCAGGCAUCAGCUCUUCCCUUCAGCCACUGCUGAGCCCGAAGGUGCCCAUGGCAGCUGUGUCACAGCUCACAGCACAGCCCCAGCCCUCCCAGGCUGGCAGCACAGGGAGCUGGUCUGGGGUGUCCAGCUGUGCAGGAAGCCAGGGGUGCUCUCUGCAGAGUGCUCCCCAACCUUCAAAGUACCCUGGACUCAAAAUGAUGGGGUUGCCCCUCUGCUGCUCUUCCCAGCUGUUUUCUGAGGGAGUGUAGAGUGCAGGGAGGUUCCCCAGCUGUGUCCCCCAGCUUGGGUUUCCUCUCUGCUCAGCACCUUAGGCCUGACAGCCCCCCAGGUCUCUGUGCCAGUGUUGCAGCCAUAAGAGGGCUGGAUUGAGGCUGCCCUUCAGCCAGCUGGGACAGGGCACAGGGCAGGGGAUGCUCAGGCUUGCACUGUAGUCCAGCCUGAGUGCUGGAUGUGGAUUGUUUCCUGCUGAGAUUCCAGUGGCCAGGAGCAAGGGGAGUGCCUGGGGUACAGCCUGGGCUGCACUCUCACUGCACUCUCCCUCCUCCGAUCCCUACCCAGACCUGACCUCCCCAUAGGCACACUGAAUGUUCUUUGAGGAGAGCUGGAUUUUCAGCUCUGUGCAGCUUUCCUGGCUUUAAGUUGUCCAGUAAUGUUUCUGGACCGUUUGGAAACACAGAUUUUGCCGUGGCAGCUCAAUUAAACGCAUCAGUGCCAAACCAGCACCUUCUUAACAAAACCAGUCUGUUUUCAGCUUAUUUCCUGUGUAAUUGGUUUUUUUUGCAGUAUUUAAUGAAUGACUUUGUGCCUUGAUUCAAUAACUCAGCUGGGUGGCAAUGGCUAUAUCACUGUGUUAUGUGUUAGUGUGGUUUUUAAUACUGAGACUGUUUGGUUUGGUUCUUUAACUUAUUGCAAAUUGUGCCAUACAGGACUUGCUCUAACCGGAAUGGUUUCAAUAAAUCCUCUUUUGCAUUGUUUGUAAA